AUGGAGAACAGUACAGAGGCACCAUCGCUGGAGCCCCAGAAGGCGAAGUUUGGGACCGCGGACAUUGUGGUGCUUGUUGUUUACUUUGUUUUUGUCCUGUUGGUUGGGAUAUGGAUUGGAGCCUCACUAAUGUCCAGCAAUGUCGGCAGCACUUUGUUUGUUGGAAUGGCAAGCUCUGGAGCAUCUGGAGGCUUGGCGUUUGGAGGCUUUGAAUGGAAUGCUACCUGGGUGUUGAUCGCCCUAGGCUGGAUAUUUAUGCCUGUCUACAUCGCUUCUGGUGUGAUCACCAUGCCGGAGUAUUUGAAAAAACGUUUUGGUGGUCGCCGCAUCCAAAUGUAUAUGUCGGUGCUUUCCCUCCUUCUCUAUAUACUUACUAAAAUAUCGGGUUUUUUUGUGUUUGUUUUUUUUUUUUUAUAUAUUUUUAGAAUUUGCUAUUUGUUCCUGUCCUCCAUUUAUACAGGUGGGCUGACUGCUGUAAUCUACACAGACACUUUGCAAGCUAUCAUCAUUGUGAUCGGUGCCCUUACACUCACCUUCAUAUCUUUUCACGAGGUUGGCUGGUACCCAGGCCUGGAGAAAAAGUAUAUGGAAGCCAUACCUCAAGUGAUUGUCCCAAACACAACGUGUCAUUUGCCCCGUAGUGAUGCCUUCCACAUGUUACGUGACCCAAUCACUGGGGACCUGCCCUGGCCUGGCCUCAUAUUUGGUUUGACCAUUUUGUCCUUAUUUUCUUGGUGUAAUGAUCAGAUUAUGGUGCAGAGAUCUCUGUCAGCUAAGAAUCUGUCUCAUGCCAAAGGAGGAUCCAUUCUUGCUGGGUACUUAAAGCUGUUGCCUAUGUUCUUCGUUAUAAUGCCAGGCAUGAUUAGCAGAGCUCUAUAUCCAGAUGAAAUUGGUUGUGUGGACCCCGAUGAAUGUAUGAAGUACUGCCGUUCUGCAACGGGCUGUGCAAACACUGCCUAUCCCAAGCUGGUGAUUACACUUCUGCCUGUAGGACUGAAGGGGUUAAUGAUAGCAGUAAUCAUGGCUGCCCUGAUGAGCUCACUCACAUCCAUCUUCAAUAGUGCCAGCACCAUUUUCACUCUGGACAUCUGGUUAUAUUUCCGCAAGAAUGCAAAGGAUCGGGAGCUUGUAAUUGUGGGUAGAGUUUGUACCGCAAUCCUUGUAGUUAUCAGCAUUCUGUGGAUCCCCGUCAUCCAACACGUGAGCAGUGGAAUAGUUGACUAUGUGCAAUCUAUCAACAGCUACUUGACCCCACCACUGACUGCCAUAUUUAUUCUUGCUAUCUUCUUCAAGAGGGUCAAUGAGCAGGGUGCGUUUUGGGCCCUGAUAAUUGGGAUGCUAAUUGGAUUCAUCCGGAUGGUCAUGGAUUUUGUGUAUGGUGAACCAAAGUGCGGACAGUUGGACAGUCGACCGUCGAUCCUCAAGGAUGUGCAUUACUUGUACUUUACAAUAAUUCUAUUUGGGUUGACAACCAUUGUCUGCAUUGUGAUUAGUUUGUGCACCCCGGCCAUUCCAGAAGAGCAGCUUGCUCGUUUAACUUGGUGGACAAGAGAAGACCCAAAUCAGAAUGUUAAUAGUCAGAUGUCUUCAUCCCAAGAUGCUUGUGAGCUCACCAUCAACAGCCCCCAGGUGGAGCAGAAGCUAGCUGAUGAUAUACCACAGACAGAAGAUGCUGUCUCCUCUACUCAGGAACAGAACGGGGGUCAUGUAGCCCCUUCAUACCCCUGGUGGAAGAAGCUCUACUACUGGUUAUGUGGUACCUCGAUGCAGCCUAAGGUCCAACUGACCAAAGAAGAAGAGCAAACAUUGCAGAAAAAAUUGACUAGCAUUGAAGAAGACCCUUUAUGGAAGAAUGUGUGCAAUAUAAACGCUGUCAUAGUGCUUGCAAUCAAUGUUUUUCUUUGGGGAUAUUUUGCAUAAAAUGAAGAAUAAAUGGCAUUAUUUAAUGCAUGCUUCAAACUCCAUCAACCAUGUCACACAGACAAU